AAACAUUGGUUUAUUAAGGUGGGUUUCAUGGGUUGAACUCGAGGAAUCAUGGGUAGCUUCAGUGACGACGAUGAAGAAUAUCGGUUCUUCGAUGCCUGCGCCGAUUUGGAUUCCGAUUGUAUGCGGUGUCCCGAGUCUAGCUGCUUAGUUGAUUAUUGUGUCUACAGUAGUUUUGACUGUGAUGUGUGGAUUAGGAGUCCUAGAAGUAUUCAAGAACGCCGUAGUAAAUUCUUCCAAUGGUUUGGAUUGGACUUAGAUAUGACUACCGCAGACAAUUCGGUAUAUGUAAAUGGCGAUGUAUUUAAAGGAGAAACGGAGAGAAUUAUAGAGAGUAGUGGGGCUGUGUUAAGAACCUCAAUUUUUAGAAAUGAAUUUUCCUGUAAUCAAUCUUCUGUGUCCAGUUGGUCCAGUGAUGUUUUGGAUUUGUCAAGAGGAUCGGGCUCAAAUGAGGGUUUUAUUUGCAGAAGUGGGGAUUCUAAUGGUGCGAUGGAGUGUAAUCUAGGUGAAUUGGGGCAGGCUGGUAAGCUUGGUAAAGCUCAAGUAGUGGGUGUGAAUCAGUUGGUGACAGCUGAAGGGCUUGAGAACUCUUCUGGGUCAUCUUGCUCAGUUCAGCAUGCUGUUCAGAGAGAAAUUGGGGUUGAAAGCAAUUUGUCAAGGACAAUGAACCGUUCGAAGAGCGGGUGGCUGAGUAGAUUACUUUCCAUGGCGUGCAUUGUGGACGAACAUGGGAAAUCUGAUUAUGGCUCUGACCAAAACCAAGGGCAUGGAGUGCAGAGAGUUAGGGUUCACCAUAGCAAGAAGCAGUCGAAAGAACUCUCAGCUCUCUUUCUAGGUCAAGAUAUUCAGGCCCAUGAGGGCUCAAUUAUUGCUAUGAAAUUUAGCUUUGAUGGGCAGUUCCUUGCCAGUGCUGGUGAAGACAGAAUUGUGCGUGUAUGGCAAGUUGUUGAAGAUGAGAGAUCAAAUGAAACUGACAUUCUUGAUAUAGACCCAUCGUGUGUAUACUUCACGGUGAAUACUCUUUCUGAAUUGGCACCCCUCGUGCCAGAGAAAGAGAAAAUAAGCAAAUUGAAGAACCUAAGAAAAACAGCAGACUCAGCCUGUGUCAUCUUUCCUCCUAAAGUCUUCCGACUGUUGGAGAAACCAAUCCAUGAGUUCCACGGACAUGGUGCAGAGAUCUUGGAUCUCUCUUGGUCGACGAAUAAUUAUCUGAUUUCAUCUUCCACUGAUAAAACUGUUCGGUUGUGGCGAGUAGGAUGUGAACACUGCCUUAGAGUCUUUUCUCACAGUAAUUAUGGUGCGCCCCCGGCUGUUGGCAUUUUUAUUUCUAAAAUAGAUUUGAUGACCUGUGUUCAGUUUGACCCUGUGGAUGAAAAUCACUUCAUCAGCGGUUCCAUAGAUGGAAAAGUUCGCAUUUGGGCAAUUGACCGUUGUCAAGUUGUUGAUUGGACUGCUAUAAGAGAUAUAGUCACCGCCAUUGGUUAUCGUCCUGAUGGCCAGGGUGGAAUUAUUGGAACAUUGACAGGCAAUUGCCGCCUUUUCAAUUUAACAGGUAACCCCAACUCCCCUUAUAAUCACUUCCAACUGGAAGCUCUGGCGUGCUUAAACAGUAAAAGGAAGUCCCAGGGCAAAAGGAUAAUUGGCUUUGAGUUCUUCCCACAAGACUCGAGUAAAGUAAUGGUCACUUCCGCUGAUUCACAAGUCAGAAUUCUUUACGGGGUCAAUGUAAUUGGCAAAUACAGGGGCCCAAGAAAUGCAGGAAACCAGAUCUCUGCAUUUUUCACCUCAGAUGGGAAGCACAUAGUCUCAGCAUGCAAGGAUUCUAAUGUCUACGUAUGGAACUGCAUUAGUCAGGAAGAAUCUUCUCUGUCUCAACAAAAAACCAUCAAGUCAUUUGAGUGCUUCACGACCGAUGCCUCAGUUGCAAUACCUUGGCCUGGCUUAAAAUCACGCAAGUUGGACAAUGGAUUGCAAUUGCGUGCCUUAGACGACAAUUUACCCAAAAUGUUACCUUUGUCGUCUUCCCCUUGUUUCACUUUGGGCCAAGAGUUCCUUCUUGAGCCAAUGACCAAAGGAUCUGCAACUUGGCCUGAGGAAAAGCUUCCCUCGUCAAGCCAACAACCUGUGUUAUCUACAGUGUGUAAAUCUGAGUACAAGUUUUUGAAAACUUCUUGCCAGAGCUCAUCCAAUUCUCAUGCAUGGGGUCUGGUCAUCGUUACAGCGGGCUGGGAUGGACGAAUUAAAUCAUUCCACAAUUAUGGAUUACCAGUACUUCUUUGAAAUGAGACUGGAGAGGAGGUCCUUGGAAAUUAGAGAUGACUCUUCUUGGGUCAGGUAUCUUACUGCAUCUAAUGCUGCAAUCCAUUGUUGCUUGGGCUGGAAUCAAAACUGCAAGUUAAUUCCUUGAAUAAUAGUUUACUGUAUAUAAAGUUUGAGAAAUCAGAGUUUCCAAUGGGGUCUAGAUGGAUUGCCCGUUAUGACAGGUGGCAGCAGUUGGAUAGGCGUGAUGUAAUAGCGGCCAGUGAUCAACGAACAGCUGAGGUUGAGAUGUAUUUUCAAGACAUCUGCAUCUGGGACAGCCCAGUCUAAUCUUAGGAUCCUCCAAAUUAGUAUUUUGGAGAAGUUUGUGGCUUCACGUGCUAUGAGAGGUCAAGUUGAGAUGGACAUAUCUCAAUAAUGGAUGUGCUGAUGGGAGAGCUUGGACAACCUCUGUCAUUUGUUCUCCAAAGUGAGAGACGAGACAGCCGGAGCUGGUGGUUUCGGCAAAAUAAUAGUGGCUGCUCUGAAUGAUUGAGUUGUUUGUCUGCCAUUUUGUCCAUAUGUAUCCAUCCAUAUUAUGAAGGUGGCUUUCUGGCUGCGAUUAUGGGAAAACAACAAGUGGGGCACUCACUUUCUUGAUGAAACAACAGGUCAACCGUCUCCUCUGUGCCUGUGCGACUCUACUCGUACAACGGCUGGUUGAUGUCGACGUUUUACAGGCAAAAUGCUCUCUACUUCCGUUUCAUAACCAAUCCUUUCUUGGUUCUGGGUAUUAAAAAACUAGCUAACCUUGAUACUAAUUGACGUCAUGGUAAUAUCUUUAGUUUCACUAACAAAAUUUGGUAAAUAUAGCAUUUUUCUCUGCAUCAGGUCAGGUCAGGUCAGGUCAGCUAUAUGAGAAA